AUGCGUUUAUUCGUUGGUUACAAAUCAUCAAAUCAAAGCUUUAAACAAUUAGAAGUAGAAACUGAAAGAGGUGAUGCCGGUUAUCUUCAGAUGGAUUGCGCCCGUGAAUCUUUCGCAUUUGCAACAUAUAAACCAAAAUCAGAAAGGAAAGUUAAAAAGUUUGUUCAUUCGUUAUAUAAUAAUGUUCAAAAAUAUGAUAACUCAGUAUGUGGUAAAUAUAUUGACCCUUCAGAAGUUUUCAAGAAAGCAAAUGAAGAAGUUGAUGUCACUUUUGAUAUGAUUAUUCCGGUAAAUGAUUUGUUAGCAUUUCAGGCGUUCGAUGAUUAUCCUAAAUCAUUUGGUGAAAUCAUUCUUAAAUAUUAUGUUUUCAGGGAUAGUUUAGUAUUUUGUCAGGUUGACCCGUUAAGAGUUGCUGAUUUACAAAAUUACGUUUAUGAAAAGAUAACUGAUGUAAAUUAUGAAAAGAUUAUGAAUCAUGUUUAUAAAUAUGAUCGCAAAUUCCAACAAAUCGGACUUCCUGCCAAAUUAAUUACAAGCUUAGCCGCUACAUCUGCUGACGCAAAAGUUGAUGACGUUAUUAUUUCAUGCACAAAGAUGGAAGUUUUAGAGGAUAAAUGCAUUACACCAGGAUACGGUUUAAUUGAAGAAUCAGUUAAAGCAAUACCACGUUUAUUCAGUAAGGAAGAUCCAUUCAUGAUUCCAGCUCAACAUAUUGACGUUCGUUCACUAAAUGGAG